AUGGCAUAUCAAACCUUCGAGAGAAACGGAUACGAGGAAAACCUCAUGGACGAAUUCAUCCACGACCCGAAAAUAAGGUUCUAUUUUAACCAACUGGACGUCUUGGGGGACAUAACGGAGGCGUGUCCGACGAAAAACCUGGAUAAAACAAACGUUGGCCUGGUGAAGGUGGGAGCGAAGCCGCUGAGUGGGAUCAGAGGACUGUAUUUCACGAAAGGGAUGUGGAAAGUUAAGUUCCUGGACAACGACUACGAGGUGAUCACGUGUAUCUUCAGAUACCACGACAAGGAAACACUGGUGAAGUCGUACCACAUAGCGCACUCAUUCCUGAAAAAGGUGAUCAUGUACAAGAGGCACAUCCACGAAGACGACGGGACGAUCCUAGAGGAGCUGAACGACUACCAGCUGGUGGAGCUGGAUGAGCGCAAGAGCAAGGAAAACGGAAUAAACAAGCUCAGGCAAUUCAGACAAAGCGAAACGAGAUACAGAAGAAGCCCACCAGAAGAGAAGAACAACUAUAGAAAAACGAUACAUGACAGCUUCGAGAGGUCAGAGUCGUUGGACUCACUGUAUGAACGAGAGAAGAAGAAGAAAAAAAGGAAGAAGUCGAAUGGCUCGAUUAACAUAAACCUAGUUAAGUCCCCAGGCAUGAAGGAGAAGCCGAGGAAGCUGACGAAGUUUGAAAGCAAGUUCCUUAAGUACUGCGACUACAGCACGAUCGACAUGAUCAACCACAUCAUGGACCAGAACAGGGAGUCGAGGCUGAUGGACCACGGGAAGACGUUCACGUUGAAGCACGGCCUGUACGACAUUAAUCCGAGGGAGUCAGACGGCGAGUACAACGACGUUUGCACAAACGGCUAUAUGUUCCCAUACCUUAAUGGUGAAAAUCUCCAGAGACGAUUUGGUCAGCAGAACGUCACUGAAACUCGUGAAUUUUGGACCGCAGUACGAGAGCCUGGGACCGUGAAGAAUCAAAACGCACUAACUCGAAAGGUAAUUGAAAGAAUAUCGCAAGAAAAUCACAAACGCAUUGAAGGAAGAGGACAGCCUUCCAAGGAAUCGUACAAAUUUGAUUAUUGA